GAGUAGGGAGAGAACAGGAGACUGUUGGCUGGGUGCAAGAGAGAGGUGGAAGGAGGCUUGUUGGAGGGUUAGAUGGUAGCAAGAAGUAGAGUAGCAAGUUUCAAAAAGCAGCAAGCUACAAUUUUCUAAAGACAGUAAUUGGUUGAUUACAGGCACCUGAAAAGUUUGUAUUUUUACUCUUUAAGUCUAGAAGUCUUGUCUAGAUCAAAUUCGGCUGAAUCCUGUCUUUAUCUAUCGUAUAUUUAUCGUUGAAGAAAGUCUCCAACAGUCAAUCUGCUCCUCUGUGCUGCUUUUGGGUAACGUUUUCUACUGCAGUCUGUGAGGGCGUCAGGUGCCAUUGAGUCCAUCUUUUCAGCAGGAGCUCACACUCUCACUUUGGUUCAAACUGGAGCUGCUCUGACUUUUCAUCAUGAAGAGCUUGUGUGUAUCUGUAGUUCUGCUGCAGUUCAUCGGGACUUGUUUAUGCCAAUUCCCUCGCCCAUGUGCCAACUCAGAGGGACUACGGACCAAAGAGUGUUGCCCGGUAUGGGAUGGUGACGGCUCAGCAUGCGGCGCCUUGUCAGGGCGUGGUUUUUGCACUGAAGUGGAGGUCUCAGAUGAGCCCCAUGGGCCCCAGUACCCACACAGUGGAAUUGAUGACAGAGAGCGCUGGCCUUUAGCUUUCUUUAACCGGACGUGUCGCUGUGCUGGUAACUAUGGAGGUUUUAACUGUGGCGAAUGCAGGUUUGGUUACUGGGGUUCAAACUGUGCUGAAUACAGGGAGUCAGUGCGCAGGAACAUCCUGACCUUGUCACCUGCUGAGCAACAGAAGUUUAUCUCUUAUCUGAACCUGGCAAAAAACACUGUCAACCGUGACUAUGUGAUCUCCACAGCGACAAGAGCAGAGAUGGGUGAAAAUGGUGAGAACCCCAUGUUCUCUGACAUCAACACCUAUGACCUGUUUGUCUGGAUGCACUACUAUGUGUCCCGGGAUGCCUUUUUGGGAGGGCCAGGGAACGUAUGGAGAGACAUAGACUUUGCCCACGAAUCUGCAGCAUUCCUGCCGUGGCACCGAGUCUACCUGCUUCACUGGGAAAAUGAGAUAAGGAAGAUGACAGGAGAUUUUAACUUUACCAUUCCAUACUGGGACUGGAGGGAUGCCCAGUCGUGUCAAGUGUGCACAGAUGCUCUGAUGGGCGGACGCAGCCCCCUCAAUUCUAACCUCAUCAGCCCUGCUUCAGUCUUCUCCUCAUGGAAGGUGAUCUGCACCCAGCCAGAGGAGUACAACAACCGAGAGGCAUUGUGUAACGCCACCGGGGAGGGACCACUCUUGCGCAACCCCGGCAACCAUGAUCCCAACCGCGUGACGAGACUCCCCACAACAGCUGAUGUGGACUUCGCUGUGGGCCUCCCAGAGUACGAGACAGAACCCAUGGACCGAUUCGCCAAUAUGAGCUUUAGAAACGUCAUAGAGGGUUUCGCCAAUCCAUCGACAGGCAUGGCAGUGCAAGGCCAGAGCACCAUGCACAACGCCUUGCAUCUCUUCAUGAACGGCUCCAUGUCCUCAGUGCAGGGCUCAGCCAACGACCCCAUAUUCCUGCUGCACCAUGCUUUCAUUGACAGCAUCUUCGAGCGCUGGCUCAGAGCCCACCAGCCUCUCCGGACCAACUACCCACGUGCCAACGCCCCCAUCGGCCACAAUGACGGUUACUACAUGGUGCCCUUCCUGCCUCUCUACAGAAACGGAGACUACUUCCUGUCCAGCAAAGCUAUGGGAUUUGAGUAUGCCUACCUGUUGGACCCUGGCCAAAGGUUUGUUCAGGAGUUCCUGACGCCCUACCUCCAGCAGGCCCAGGAGAUCUGGCCGUGGCUCCUGGGAGCCGGGAUCCUCGGGGCGCUGAUCGCUGCAAUCAUCGCUGCACUGUUUAUUGUUGCAAGACGGAAGUGGAAGCGUAACCAGAGGAGGAAGAGGGCGUCGAGCUACGGAGAGAGACAGCCAUUACUGCACAGCAGCUCAGAGGAAGGUUCAUCUUCAUAUCAGACGACUCUGUAACACACACAGGCACU